UGUUGUUUUAGGAGAGUGUAUUAGAACUGAAAGUGAAAGAAACACCCAGGAACGAGCAAGCUCCUAUGCUGUACUACAAUAUAGCUCCUGAUCCAGUGUCUCGGAUGAAUGAAGCCAGGAGAAAGUUGGAGGAAGCCAUUCUCAGAUAUGAAACAAUCAUUGAGCAGAUUGAGGAAUUGUGGGAAACCAAAAGAAGUGAAGUGACAGAGGAAGAGCUGGACGGUCUGUUAGACAUGUUAAACAUGGAGAUAUCACUACAGAGAUCCAACUUAGCACUGGGCAGUUCUGAUUUUUUCCUAAUGAGAGACCCUACAUUUGUUUUUAACAAGAAAGAUAAGAAAAAGCCAAACUUGCCCAAACCUACGGACAGGUUACCAUCAGCACUUGGUGAGGGACUUAGUGUUCCAGUAGAGAUCUCCUCUGAGAUAGCAGCACUGGAAUCCCAGCUGAGGUUGCUGGAGACACAGGUCGGGAGGAAGACCAGGCAGUACACCACAGAUCUGGAGAGACUUUCUGUCAGGGUCCCAGGGGCACUGUUUGUUCAGCCUUCAUCAUGUGUUUAGAAGGAGGUGGAUAUAAUACAUGUACAAGCUUACAUUUACUACUGCCAUUUACAAAGGAGAUUUAUAUAUUAAACCAAAUUAGGAUGAUUUCAGUUCAGUGUUGAAUCCCCUAAAAGUGAAAAAACAUGAAUUGAAAAUUUUCAGUGUUAGUAGGCCAUUUCUGUUAGAUAAAUAAAAUAUUGAACAUAUUUCUUUAUGAAGUAAAAUCAUUAUACAUGUACAUGUUUGUAAAAGUGACAUUUUGGAUAUUAUAGCUUCUCUUUAGGGGGUGGGGUUAAAGUUUGGGGGAUUAUAGUUACCAUAUUUAAGCUUGCUGCAUGCAGAUAUACCUCCUCCAUAGUUUGGAAAAUGGAAUUACACUCAAUUUAAAUGUAUUAAACAAGUAAUAUUACAAGUAUUCUGUUUGUACAAAAAAUUGAAAACUAUGAUACAAUGUUUGUUAGAAUUUGUUUUGUGUAAUGAUUAUUUUAAUACUUAAUGUAAAUAUGUUUGAUUGUAUUUAGAUUUUGAAUUACUUUUUUCCCCAAAUAUAUACAGAGUUUAUUGGGAAUCUUACAAAGAGAUAUUGAUGCAUGCCAUUAUCACCUUGUCUGUCUAUCUAUCUGUCAUCAUCUUUCAACACCUAAUGUGAUACAAUCACUCCAGUUCAUUAUACUCUAGCUACACACUUUUAAUUAUUAUAUACAUGUAGCUGUAGGAUAAUCUAAACUUUGAGGUCAUUUGAUCACAAGUCAAGGUCAAAAUCCAAAAUAAUUCCCUCCACCAUUCCUCAUUUAGUACUGCA